AUGACCUCGUUCCAGCUCUCCAAGGGAACUUUGAAAGAGAUUUUCUCCAAAGCCGGGUUUGGUAAACCCGUUAAGCAGAUUGUUGUUCAAAUAACAAACAUGAAGGCAAUCGACACCAUCAAUAACCAGAGGAAGUACCGUGUGCUCAUCACUGAUGGCAUCUAUAGCACACAUGGCUUGAUAGACGAAAAGUGUACGCCUUAUUUGGAAAACAACAAUUGUACAAGGUACGCCACCAUUCAAAUCAACAAAUACACCUUGUUGGGCUCGACAAAGCACUUCGUGCUUAUUGAAGAUUUUGAAAUCUUGAAUAACAAAGGCGAGAAGACGGUGGAGAAGCCCAUUGGUGUCGAUGACUAUUUUGCUGAGCAUCCUGACGAGGGACAUUUCCAAAUUGCCAAGAAACAAGACUCGAUGGAUUCCGGAGCUAGAAACGAAUCUCCUGCUCCUACAAGAGCAACGCCACCGGUUGCACACUCUACUUAUUCCAACGAAAUGUCCAAAUACCCCAAACCCAGAGGUGCCCCUGCCGGAAGUGGAGCCCCGGCACCAAGAAUCUCACCAAUUGAAACCUUGUCUCCGUAUCAAAACAACUGGACCAUCAAAGCUCGCGUCUCGUACAAGGGUGAUUUGAGAACUUGGUCAAAUGCCAAGGGUGAAGGCAAAGUGUCGAGCAUAAACUUUCUUGAUGAGUCGGACGAAAUUAAAGCUUCGGCAUUUAAUGAAACGGCAGAGAGAGCCCACAAUUUACUUGAAGAAGGCAAAGUUUACUACAUCUCAAAGGCCAAAGUUUCCGCAGCUAGAAAGAAAUUCAACAAUUUGUCCCAUCCAUAUGAGUUACAACUUGAUAAAGACACCGAAAUCACCGAGUGUUUUGAUGAAUCCGAUGUACCCAAAUUAAGCUUCAAUUUUGUCAAAUUGGACCAAAUUCAAAACUUGGAACAAAAUGCCAUCGUUGAUGUUAUGGGCGCUUUAAAAAUCGUCAAUCCUUCCUUCCAAAUCACCGCCAAGUCCACGGGUAAAGCAUUCGAUAGAAGAGACAUCACCAUUGUCGACGAAACUGGGUUUGCCAUCGAUGUGGGUUUAUGGAACAACACCGCUUUGGACUUCAAUGUUGAAGAAGGUACCGUGAUUGCAUUUAAAGGCUGCAAAGUGUCAGACUUCAAUGGAAGAACCUUGGGUUUGACGCAAUCGGGUUCCUUGAUCCCCAACCCAGGCACACCAGAGUCGUACCAAUUGAAAGGCUGGUACGAUAAUAUAGGCGUCAAGGAAAACAACUACAAGUCCUUAAAGAAUGAGUUGGGAUCGGGAGGAUUAUCAGCCCAGGAAAAGAUUGCGCAAAGAAAAUUGAUUGCUCAAGCAGAAGAAGAAAACAUUGGUGCUAACGGAGGUGACAAGCCGGAAUACUUCACCACGAAAGCAAGCUUCUCCUAUUCAAAGCCUGACAACUUUGCCUAUCCCGCAUGCAAUAAUAGACUCAGUAACUCGGGAGAUAGCACUAGACCUGCGAAUCCAUGUAACAAGAAAUUGGCCCAGUUAGGUGACAAGUGGUCCUGUGAACGUUGCAAUAUCGAAUACGACGAACCCACAUGGCGUUAUAUCUUGAACUGUGCCAUCAUGGACUCAUCGGGUCAAAUAUGGGUCACCUUGUUUGACGAACAAGCAAAGAAGUUAUUAGGAAUGGAUGCAAAUCAAUUGAUGCAAUUGAGUCAAGAAGAAGCCGCUAGUGACAAGAACCCCGUUGCUGAAGUCAUGCAGAAAAACUAUUUCAAAGAGUUUAAUUUCAGAAUUAGGGCCAAGCAAGAUACAUUUAAUGAUCAGUUGAAAAUCAGGUAUCAAUGCGUCGGCUUGUUUGAUGUUGAUUUUAAUGCUGAAUGCGAAUAUCUAUGCCGAGAAUUGGAUGCUACUUUGGCAUAA